AGUCUAUCGCGCGCAGAGGCAGCGCCUGUACGUGCCGCCCUUUGCUCUGUCGCGACCGACACGGUGUCCGUAACUGGUGUUCGGAAAAUUGUGCAUGUGCGUUUUCCGACGAGAGCAGUGUGUGUGCUAGUGAGAUGUGCUGUUGUUUUCUAGGAUCGGUUUACACGCAGAGCAUCAACUAGCCCGAAUGAGAACAAAGUGCUCAAGCGCAAAAAUCUACAAAAAAACUAACAUAGCGCGUAGCAUUGUUAUAGGUUAACGUAGUCGAUAAGUCAAUAGUAACAACGAGCGCCGCGCCGUUGUCGACGAGCCGAUAUCGCUAACGAGAACUCGUCGCGUCGCGCGCGGUCCCGUCUCCUGUCGCCGCCAGUGUCAGUGCUCGCCGGAGUCGCGCGACUCGGCCGGCACGCCCCGACACAGCCGUGGAUAACCUCGGCCAGAGCCCCCUCCCGGUGAAGAGGCUGCACGAAGCGCUGCAGAGUGCGCAGGUGAAGCGGCAGCGGCUCUCCCCUCCGUACCCCGCCCCGUCGCCCCUGCACCCCAUCCAUCAGCUGGCCGUGCACCAGCACAUCAAGGUGCAGCAGAGCAUAGUGCAACAGAGCAUCGUGCAGCAGCACCAGCUGAACCUGGCCCACCAGUCGCUGCAGAACCUGCAGGCGCAGAGCUUGCAAGCGGCGCAGCAGAGCCUGCAAGCGGCGCAGAGCCUGCAAGUGGCCCAAGGGCUGCAGGCUCAGAGCCCCACGUCCACGGGCGCGGGCGCGCAGCAGGGGGCAGGAGCGACGCAGGGCGCGCUGGUGCCGCCGCAGCAGCCGUCGCCGCGGGCCGCGUCUCCGCAGCACAAGAACAUGGAGCUCGCGCUGUGCCAGAGCAUGGACUCCGUCAACACCGCCACCACUGAGGAAGAGGUGCGGACAUUGUUCGUGAGCGGCCUGCCCAUGGAUGCAAAACCACGCGAACUCUAUCUUCUAUUUCGGGCAUAUGAAGGAUAUGAGGGUUCGCUGUUGAAGGUUACAAGCAAAAAUGGAAAAACUGCAUCACCAGUGGGCUUCGUCACAUUUCACACCCGGGCUGGUGCUGAAGCGGCUAAACAAGACCUUCAGCAGGGCGUCCGGUUCGACCCCGACAUGCCGCAAACGAUUCGGCUGGAGUUCGCUAAAAGCAACACGAAGGUCAGCAAGCCGAAGCCGGCAGUUGCCACCGCCGCGCCAGCCGCACACCCUGCAUUGAUGCACCCACUCACUGGACACUUAGCCAGCCCGUUCUUCCCCGGCGGAGGCGCUGAGCUGUGGCAUCACCCACUGGCCUACGGAGGAGAACUGCCUACUUUAUCGCACGGGCUCGUCCAUCCCGCUAUUCAUCCGCAAAUGGCGCCCACCCCCUUGACGCUAGGCGCGUGCGUCCUCCCGGCCCCGGCGCUGGGGUCGCCGGGCGCCGCGGUGCCGGGCCAUGCGCCCGCGCCGCCCUCGCACCCCGCGCACCCCGCGCACCCUGGGCACAACGCGCCGCCGUGCUCCACGCUAUUUGUCGCAAACCUUGGCCAGUUCGUUUCCGAACACGAGCUCAAGGAGAUAUUUAGCAGCUGUGGGGGUUUCUCGCGGCUGCGGCUUCUGACGGGCGGUAGCGGCGGCGGCUCCGGCCCGGUCGCUUUCGUGGACUUCCUCACCCCGAGCGACGCAGCCACCGCCAUGGCCCGUCUGCAGGGCGCGCUGCUCCUCAGCUCAGAGGGCGCCAUCCACCUCGAAUACGCGAGGCAUAAGUUGGCACACAACGGCUGGAUUCUCGCACAUGAAGGAGCCAAAGGCGGAGAAGAGGGCGAACAGCAUUAGUUCGUUCGUGGCACUCGGCACUUGACAACCAGCGAACUGAGGGACGCGCUUUCUUGAUCCUCGGCAGCGCAUCGGAGGCCCGCGCCCGGGAGAGAGCUUGCCUUGCUACGACGCGUGGCUGUACUAGCGACGGAUCAAGAGUACAAAAGCCA